GAAAACUACAUGGAAAGUCCUGUUAGGGAAGGAAGUGGGGUUUUGCUUGCAUGGCUCAGUUCUCCUGCCAGCCCUGAAAUACUGUAAAAAGUGAAAGAAAUCCUCAAGUGUACCAAUGGAAAAGACAGAUGAGAUUCAGAACUCGCAGGAUAAGCAUGAAGAGGACAUCCCGAGAAGUUCCCCAUUUGACUUUGUUAUAAAACAGUUCCAAGGGAAGAGGUCCUCCCUUGGAAAAAGAAAAGAGCAGCCUUCAGACAUCAAAAAGUUCUUCAGGAGCUUUGACUUUGGGAAAUCUGAAGGCAAGGACAGAAAUGAAAUUGAAGAAACAGAAUUAAACAACUCUGGAUCUGAUGAUCAGAUUGAAAAGCAAGAUCUCUCUGUAGAAGAUGGACUUUCACAUCUCAUUUCUGAAGUGGAGUCACCAUCUGGUGAGCAGAGAUUUAACCAGUUCAUGCAGAAACUGGGAAAGGAUGCCAGCAGCAAGAAUCUGGAUCUAAAUAAUUGUGCAUUAAGUGCAGCAGAUGUAACAGAGCUGGCUUCUUUACUGCCAUUUCUCCCAGAGCUGGAAGAGAUCAGCCUGUCCUGGAAUAGCUGUGUUGGUGGGACUUUGAAAGCUCUCACUGUUCAUCUUCAUCAUGUGAACCAGUUAAAAGUCCUUAGACUUAACAGCUGCAGGCUCACAGCUGAGGAUGUCACCUCCUUAGGAGAGGCAUUUGAAAUUGUUCCUCAACUUGAAGAGCUGGAUUUGUCAUGGAACAGUAACAUUGGUGGGAAACUAUCACUCCUGACAAAAAAACUCCAGGAAGGAUGCAAGUUAAAAAUUCUGAAAAUUACAGACUGUAACCUGACAGCAAAGGAUGGAGAGUCCCUUGCUGAAAUUCUAAAUGUGAUCCCAAACCUGGAAGUAUUAGACCUCUCCAUCAACAAACACAUCGGCUGCAGCAUGAAGGUUAUUGCUCAGGAUCUGAAAAAUGUGCCAGGCUUGAAAGAGUUAAACUUGCACAUGUGUGGAUUAAAGCAUGACAGCCUCCAGGGCUUAGACACUGCUUUACAGCACCUGCCCCAGCUAAGAAAGUUAGACAUAUCGUGUAACAAAGAGAUUGGUGGUGGCUUUAAAGACUCAACAGCUCAUUUGGCCAGCUUGAAAAAUCUUGAAGUCCUUGAUCUCCACCAGUGCUGUGUAACAGAAGAGGACGUGGCCAAUUUGUCCCAGGUGAUACCUUUACUCUCCAGUCUUCAAGAGCUGAAUUUAUCCUCGAAUAAAAAUAUAGGAGUCUCAUCUGAACCUCUUCUGGGCAGGCUCAGGUUUUUACCAAAGUUGAAAUCUGUGGCCAUCAGCAAUUGUGGUUUAGGUGAAGCAUCCCUUUCAUCCCUAGCUGAGGCUGCCCUUCACCUUCCUGAACUGGAGAUAUUAGACCUUUCUUGGAAUAAGUGCGUUGGUGGGAACCUAAAGCUGCUUUUGGGAGCACUAAAGCUUGCAACGAAGAUUCAAGUGUUAAGACUGAGCAGCUGUAACUUGGUGGCUGAAGAUUUGGCACUUCUAACCUUACUGAGGCAGGAUGGCCAUCUAGCCCAGUUACAGAAGCUGGAUUUGAGUUACAACAACAACGCCUCUGACGAGGGGUGGGUCGUUUUCUGUCAAGGCUUAGCAGGAUUCAAAGAGCUCUCCGAGCUGGAUGUCAGUCUUCGCCCAUCGUCCUGCCGUGACUGUGGGACGUGGUUCAGUGACUUGCUAGCAGCCCUGACAAAGCUGCCUGCCUUGGCAGACCUGGGGAUGCAGAGAUGGGUCCUUUCAGAAUCCCAGCGGAAACGGCUGGAAUGCUUUAAUCAAGACAACAAAAGAAACAUUCGUUUUGACUGUUGAUGGGGGUUGAAGGUUUCUGGAAGGCCUUUCAGAAGCAGCACAUGAACCAAGUAUUAUGUGUCUCUGACAUUGAAGACUGCCUGAUUUUUAGUAAUCCUGUCUGAACUAUUUAUUUUUAAAUAGUUCCACAAUUACAGAAAACUGUUAUUUAACCUUCUCCAUGCAUCGACCAUUUCAUUUAAUGACAUACUCUUUCAGAAUCUCUGGGCCAUGCUUACACUACUAUAUACACUUAAUCUUCAUGUUGUGAAUACAGCAUUGACUACUGUCAAAAGAGCAAGGAUGAUUUCAGAUGGACACUGCAGGUUUGCCAAAGGAGGGAAAUGGCUGGGACCUGUGCUAAUGCUGCUAGCCAGGCAGUGGGAAUGUGGCCUUAUGUAUAUAAGGAAAAUGCCUCUAAUGUGAAAAAACUUGAAACCUCUGUUUCAAAUCUUAGUGUCUUCUUCACCAAAACUUGUGCCUUGUUGUGAAUGCUUUAAAUCUACAUAACUCUGAGAUUUGGAAAGCAGCCCAACAAUUCAGGAUUAUAUACUAGUCCAGUAAGGAGAAUACUGAAGGAGCUGUUCUGCCUCUGCUCUGGCCCUUGAUGCCAUCUCAUAGUGUAGACAAGUCCUAUGCACAGAAUCAGCAUAAAACCAAGGUAAGAAAUAGUUGGCUGGUGUCUUUGCAGGUCUUAGGGGCAAAGAAAAUGCUGUGGCAGGUUAAAUCAGAGAUAUGUCUGUACCUUAGCAAAGAUUUUAGCACCCGGCUCUGUGCCCAAGACUUGUUAGAAAUAGCACCAACUUGGGACAUGUAAGUGGCUCCCCCUUUUUUUAUAUAAAUUUUGUAAUUUCUUAUUUGGCAUUUUAUUUUAUUUGCUUACACAGAGUCAAAUUCUGGCAUAGUCAUGGAGCGUGUUAACCCACACGUGAGCUCAGAGACUGCAGUGGGAUUAUUCACUGGUAAGGUAUUUUAGGAAGUAAAGAUCUACCCACUGAGUGAGGAGUCUUAGAGAAAUCCUGAGGCAGCUUGAGGGAUAAAGUACUGCUCAAUUAGCCCUGAGCACACUGCAGCAAUCUCCUGGAGGAAAGGCACAACAGAAUCAUUCAAUGGCACUUUCUCAACAGUAAGUUCUCCCAUGCAGAUGCAGAUCAAUAUGAUCUUUCAGACCGGGUGACCCUUGAACUUCUAGCCGGCAGCUGACCGGGCUGUGCUGGUAACACUUGAUCGUUUCAUCCAUUAUUUCAUCUGAGGGUCUUCCCUGGUUCUUCCCUGAGGACUUCCUGGUUUCCAUGUCAGUUCCACUUGUAAAGUGGAAAACUGUCACCAGGCUAUCUCAGAGAUGAGCUGUAACACUAAGGAUUUGACAGCUUGCAGCCAUUCAAAAUGAUAUAACUACAGAUUGCCAAAACAUCUGUCAACAGUUUGACAAAAGUGUAGAGACAUUUUCAAAACAGCUUUUUUGCACCUCUGGAAGACAGGAUGGUUGUGCAGGUUCUGGUAGAAGUGUAUGUGUACUGACUGCCUGAAAUCCUCCUCCAUGUUCUCAAACAAGGUAUUGAUAAUUUCUGAAUAGAAAACUCAUUAAAUAACUACUAGUAGGUGAGGCCACAAAUAUUGUUUUACUCUAGAUUUGGCUGUACCUCAUUGACUGGAAAACAGAUUUCUAAGAAUUGCAUGCAAAAUACUUCAGGAUUCAGAACAAAGAACACUCCAUUGCACCAGAUUCCUACAUAUUAUAGCUUAAUUUCCAGUUAUUCAGCUGCCUUUAUGCUUGGAGAUAAUAGACAUUCAGAAUGAGAAUCUGUGGGAUUUAGCUGGAGUCAAUGUUGACAGAAACAGAAAAACAAACUCGAAAAAGUCCUAUGUUUUUAUUGUAAGAGUUUCUGAGUUGAAAUGCUUUUAACACUGUUGUCUCCUACUCACCUAGCUCUGCUCACAUUUGUCUUGCUUGUGAAUGAAAAGAACUCUCUGCAAUUUACAGUCCCAAUAUCACUUUUUGGCUCCUUUUCCUUUUGCAGGCUUCUUUUUUUCCUUUUCUUUUCCUUUCUUUUCAUUAUUUUUCUUUUGAUUCUUAAGCUCCGUAUUCUUUUUAAUCAACCCACGCCAUAAAACUUGGAUCUGAAAAAGAGAAAAGAACAAUCCAGUUACCUGGAGGAAAAAGGUAAAAGCAAAGAGUGAUGUGGGAACAGUAUUGCUAGUGGGUAUUCCUAAUGCAAAAAGCCAGGCACAUCAUGGUUUUCAAACUCUUUUUUUCUGUAUUAGACCACAUCGUUUGCAGCUCAGAUAGGCUGCCUGUCACCUGACUUUUCUUUUACUUGGUGUUAUUUUUUUAAAGAUUAAUUUCUUAGCAGGGAGGCACCUCACACUGUACUCCUCCAGACCUUUUGACAAGAGUAGUGAAUGACUAUGUCUACACACUUUUAAAGUGUCACUUUUUAGUUCAGAAGAGCAGUUUGGAAGAAACACAUCAGUUCAUGUAUCAAUUACUGACAUUACAGAAAGAGAGGAAUAAUUUAGGUUCAGAGGAAUCAAGGACUAAGAAUUUGCCUCUUCUUUCUUCUCACCCUGUUGUUUUCUUUCUGAGCAAAUUAAUUCCAUUUCCCACUGGCAAC